UCCAGCGAAUCAUUCUUCCUGUAAUUCUCCACAAACAAAACCCAUUCACCCGAAAAUAAUCUAUUUUAAUUCUUCACAUAACACAGCUUUUGCUCUGGUGGUUUCCAGGCAGAGGUUGUCUCUGUUGGUUCUCUUCCCAAUCUCGGUUCUCGUUUUUCUUGCUGGGUUUUCGGCUGGAGUGGCUCAGGGUGGUUCAAUUCGAUGGAUUUGUAGGAUUUUGGAUGUGAUUAAGGUUCGGGAAGACAGGAUUAGGGAUUUGGGGUCGUUUUUCAGCGAUUUGGAUAGUUAGAUGGCUGAUUUGAGAGCUGGGGUGGAAACAGGGAAGAUGGAAGGUUGUUUGGAGGCUGUGGAUCAUGUGAGAUCGUUAAUUGUGAAUUCAAAGAAGGAUUUAGAGAACUCUAUGGGCAUGUUGGAAGUUGGGUGGAAAUCAAAUUGCAAGUCUAAUGAAAAAAAAGGGUGAUUUUGGGGAGAUUGGGGAGACCGGUUCCCAAUUCGUCCAGUUCCUCAGAGGUUUUCUUCAAGAAAGUGAGGAUCCAGUGAAGCAAUCGAUGAAUGCCAAUGACAGUGCCAACGGAGACACUGCUAGUAAAAUGAGGUUGGUGGUUCUAUGGUUGGUGAAUCUGGAGAGCCAGUGGGAGAUUGAAAAAGACUUGAAAGAAUUCAAAUAACAAUGAUAGUGAUUCCAUACUGUUGAAGAGAUGAAUCAUUUGAAUAGGAAUUCAAACUUCUCGUCUAAGCAAGUAUGUUCGGCAAAGGUCUGAGUCACUUACAAUGAAUAGCAGUAUUCAUGAUUUCAUCGAUCAUACUCUAAACCAGAGAGUGCUUAUGAUUUCUAUAGUACGGAUUCUGAGGAAUUGUUGUCAUCCAAAGAGACUCAUGUGCAUGGUAGAUCGGGCAAGCCAUAUCAUGGAUUGAGUGAAGAGGCUGUUGAACCCUGCAACCAAUCUAUACCAGUUGAACACCUAUAAGCUUGUGAAACAGAAGAAGGCAAUAAUCCAGAGUUUAGUCUACUUGCAAUGGAGGCUUCAGACCUUGUAAAACAAGCAAGACAGCGCUUCAUGGGUCAAGCUGAUGAUGAAAGAGUGGAUUCCAUUUUGUAUAGAUCUGUUGGGGAACACGACACUUCUUCAUGGAGAGCUCAAACUGAAAUAUAGUUGAGAGUUUAGAACUAUGUUGGCUGGAAGUGAUGACUUCGAUGGACAUAGGUGGAGGUUCAAGAAAUUAGAUGCUCCUUGCCCAGAGUAGAGAGAAUAUUGCAUCUGUUGUCAUUGAUGUGCUUGAAGAGUGUGAAGAACUUCUCAUUGAAGUCGGGAGGAAGUAUAGGUCGGCCUUGUCAAUUGAUGGAAAUGAUGUCAGAGCUCUGUAUAAUUUGGGUCUUGCUCUUUCUUUACAUGCUCAGUUGAUCGCUGACAUUGGACUAGAAGCAGCCUUUGAUGCUGACAAGGAAGCGAUUGCCAAAUUUGAUGCAAUGGUUUCCAGAAGCAAUGCUUAUGCACCAGAUGCUUUAUUUAGAUGGGCCAUUGCAUUGUUCUCAUCUGCCUUCACAUGAUGCAGAAGAGAAAAUGAAGCUUCUGCAGCAGGCAAGGAGUUCAUUUGAGGAUGUGCUUUCUGUUGAGUCAAAUAUGUUAAAAGAAGAGAGAGAGAGAGAGAGUGGAACAAGUCCUUAAGCCUUGAACAAGUAUCAUUGAUGAUCUAUGUGUUUACAUAUAGGAACAAAUAUAUAUAUACCAUAUACAUACAAGAAUACAUAUACAUCUAACAUAUAUAUAUACAUACAAGAAUACAUAUACAUAAACAUCUAACAAAAUAAUCCUCAAGUUAGAGAAGCUCUAAUCAGACCUCAAUCAAAGAACCCGAAGGCAGCAGCUUCGGUCAACAUGUUAAACCGAUUUAACCCGAUUGCUUAUAUACUUCCUGAGGCAAGUACCAGAAGAACACUACAGAAAUACAGUACUGUUUAACACUUGAAGGCCAAUCUUCACUAUCCAUUGGUUGAUACUGCUGCUCCAGCAAAUAGGAAAACAUAAUUAAUGGUUGAUGUUUUUACUGAAACUUUUCAUAUGGCCACUUUCAUGUUGAAAAGAUGGACAAGAAUCUGUACCUUAGACAAUAGAAUGAAGAUUGAUUCUAUUUAACUGGCUGUUAGGAUUUUUCACUUGAAUGUAAUAAAAUUGGAACCUCUGAAUGCAAAAAUUAUUUGGAUUUAACAUUUUGUUUUGGAAAAGCAGCAAUUUUAAUUGAAUCAAAAUUGUUUUUGCUAGUGAUAAAUCCUGUUUUACAGGAUAGCAGAAUUAGAACAUGACGGUGACACUAAUUGAAUAACAAACUGUCAGUAAAAUUUUG